CUAUUUGUUGUUUCAUCUGACCAGUACAUUCACACUGAUAUCUCUUAACGGUAACGAAUGGAGAUAUAUGUGUCAAAAGUGUAAUAACCUGUUGAUUUAUGCCUUAUUUGGUGCUCCUGCUCACCUGUAAACCACGCCUACUUCCGCCCCUACAUACAAACCAUCAAGAUCUGCUGUGUGCAUUAAUGUCGGACGAUACAUAGAGCAACACCAUCACACAAGCUGCGUUUCAUUAAACUCAUAAGACAUGAUUGAUCCGACAUCUUUAUCUAUCACCUGGACCUUGGUGGUACUGCUUAUAACUCUUGUGUUAAUUUAUGGUGUUUGGCCUUAUGGGUUUUUCAACAAACUGGGAAUUUCAGGACCAAGACCUUGGCCCUUCCUUGGCACGCUUCUGUCAUAUAGAAAAGGUAUUUGCAAUUUUGAUAUGGAGUGUGCUAAGAAAUACGGAAAAAUGUGGGGGAUCUUUGAAGGAAGGCGUCCAAUAUUAAUGGUUACUGACCUAGAAAUAAUCAAAGUGGUUAUGGUUAAAGAAUGCUAUACUACAUUUACCAACAGAAGGAAUAGAAAUGAAGCCCUGGCCGGCCCUUUAGCUGAUGGCAUCAUUUUAGUUAAAGAUGAGAAAUGGAGGAGAAUCCGCAAUGCACUGUCACCAUAUUUCACAAGCGGUCGACUUAAGGAGAUGUUUCCUAUAGUUGAGACACAUGCAGAGCGAUUUGUAAAAAAUAUGCUAAAGAGAGACCAGGAGCAGUCAGUUAAACUCAAAGAAGUUAUUGGACCGUACAGUUUGGAUGUUGUCACCAGCUCUUCCUUUAGUGUUGACAUCGACUCCAUAAACAAUCCCGAUGACCCUUUUGUUACCAAUAUCAAGAAGUUUGUCCAGUUUAAUGCUCUCAAUCCUCUUUUGCUGUUAUUAACUCUUUUUCCCUUUCUCACCAAUAUUUUUGCCAAAGUCGGUAUAACUCUUUUUUCGAGAUCUUCUAUGGAUUUUUUCUACAGUGCUCUAAGAAAGAUUAAAGACCAGCACAACAAGGACUCCAGUGGCCGGAUAGACUUUCUAAAGCUCAUGAUCCAGAGUCAAAUAUCUGAUGAUCAAGCUGAGGGCACCACAAGUGACCAACCUGUUAAAGGGCUUACCGACCAUGAGAUCCUCUCUCAGUCGUUUGUUUUCAUCAUGGGAGGUUAUGAGACUACAAGUACAACUCUUUCCUUCCUUCUCUAUAAUCUUGCAACUAAUCCGGACUCCCUGGAAAAGCUGGUUGAAGAGAUUGACGCAAACUUUCCUGUCAAUGUGCCUAUCACAUAUGAUGCAUUGAUGAAAAUGGAUUAUUUGGAAAUGUCCAUCAAUGAAUCAAUGCGUCUCUUUCCAACUGCCCCACGCUUGGAGAGAGCCUGUAAGAAAACCGUAGAGGUCAAUGGGGUGACCAUACCCGAGGACACUCUUGUUGGAAUUCCUACAUAUGUGUUAAAUCGUGAUCCAAAUCUCUGGGAGUCCCCCGAUGAGUUCAGACCGGAGAGGUUCAGCCCAGAGAGUAAGUCAGAGGUUAACCAGUAUGUUUUCAUGCCAUUUGGACUCGGGCCCCGAAAUUGCAUUGGAAUGAGAUUUGCUCUUGUGAUCAUGAAAAUUUUUAUGGUAAAGCUGCUACAAAACUUCAGUGUGGAAACAUGCAAAGAGACGCAGAUCCCUCUGGAGUUAAAUGCCCUCUUGCAGCCAAAAGUACCCAUUACACUGAAGUUUAUACCAAGAUCUCACAGAGACAAAUAGUUUCAACUAAUAUGAAUUUGCAUGCUUUGGUGAAAUGAUCAAGAAGAUAUGGUAUCAUUUGUGAACAAGAUUUAAGCAGUUUUGAUUAAAGUAUAAAUCUACACUAGUUUAAAGUUAGAUGAAUAAUAAUAAUACGGUUUAUUUAUAAAGCACCUACCAAGUUCAAGGUCGCUAUACAGGAAGAUAUUACAUAAAAAGACCAUCAAACACAGUUACAUGUAUUACACAAAACAUGUUAACAUACACAAAUACAUAAAUUCACAUUAAUUAAACAGGAAACACUAGACGGAGGAUGGCUGGAAGUACUGUAAGAAAAGAUUUUUGUUUUUAGUUGUGAUUUAAAUGAGGAUAAAGAAGAUGUUUCACAAAGAGUUAGUGUAACAGUUUCAGAGCCACAGCACUGAAUGAUCUACUACCCAAAAGUUGAGAGACAAAAAUUAGGUACCUAAGCAGUUUUAACCAAAAAUUAGUCAAAUAGAUUUUAUCUGCAGAUACAGCAAAACCACACUGCAUGGUUUAGGAUGUAACAGUAGACUUACAUCCUAUCAAUGAAGACUAAACAGGAAGUGAUUGUUUGUUCUCACCAGCUUUACACACACAUGCUUUAUACACAAAACGCUGAAAAACUAAUGCACCUUGUCUUUAUUUGAAUGGGAUAACAAAAUUGAAUUGCAUUCAUUAUUAUUACAUUAAUAAUUUAAAAGAUAAUAAAAAAUUCCUAUGAUUCUUAUUUGAUUAUACUAAUCAUAAAUCCUGUUGCGUCACUCUGUAUUUUCUGUUGACUUCAGCAGUGGAUGUGCGGUACACUCGUGAUUUCAGCUGACGUUAUAACUCCAUUCAAAGCCUCUUUUAAAGAUUUGAAGUGUUACAUCUGUCAAAUCUGAGAGUUUUAGUGCAAUUUUCUAAGAACAAAAAUGCUUUUAAGAACUAUGUGCACCUAACAUGUCUGUUAUGGAAAAACUUGCAUUAAAAGAUCUA